CGUUGGCGCACCGCGCAGUCUGUACGACAGUACUCCAUUGUCCAUGUCUCCGACGGUGUCGUCUGAUCACUGAUUCGUCGCCGCAAGCCAGCACUUCCCACUCUUUGCAGCUCCACGCUCGAGCUUUGUGCACCGCGUGCAGUCCCCCCUCACGCGCCGCAAGCACGUGCUCUUUUUUCUGUGGCCAUCAUCGUCGCGCCUCCUGCCCACCACGACUGCGCAUCGUCCACGUCCUCCUUCGUCGACGUGGCAGUCGUCGAUCUCCAGGCGUCGUACUUCCACGUGCUACUUCGUCGACUCGCUCCUUCGUCCACGUGUUCGUCGUUGAUGAGUUGUGGAUGACAUGGCCCUGAGGAACGCAUCAGUGAAGGCCAGACAAAAUAGCGGGGCGGGCGACGAGGGGGAAACCAAGAGAGGCAGAGGGCACAUCCCUAAGCCGAAAAGGCAGCGCGUUGAAGAGUCGAGCUCCGAGCACACUGCAGACUUCCAGCCAGAAGAAGUGGUGAUGGUGGACGCGCAAGGUACUUCAGCGGCGCCGCGAUUGGGUUUCGGGCGGGAUGGGGUGACGAGAGAACAACUGUCCGCUGUCAAGCAGAGCAUUGCUGUUGGUGCUGCCAGGGCGUCGCAAAGGACCCCGAAGGUACGCGUCCCGAGGCAACUUCCCGCGGCGACGGGGCAGGGCCAGCCACGUCAGGCACUUCCACUGCAACAGCUGGGGGCUUCAGGGGGGGGGAAAGCACAGCCCGGGCAAAAGGGCGAUGCAACGGCGAUCGGCACUCGGACGGCGGCGGCGGAUCAUAGUGGUAGAACCAGAGUCGUCGAAGGUGCGGGUGAGGAGAGGGUAGACGACGUCCUCCACGACGAGGGAAGAAGAGACGGAAAGCGGGAGGGCGACGACGRCGACGACCGUCCACUUGUGACGAGGUUGAAGGGAGCCGCAAAGGAGGAUGGUCUGCACGAAAGAUCGAAAUUGUGGGUUGAUUGCGACUCUUUCUGGGGUCAAGGACUGGGGAAACCCUUGAGGGAGGCGGUUGGCGAGUGCGCGGACUACUUCAUCGCAAUCGCCAACGGAGAYGCRGGAGCUGAACCGCCUGCGAUGCUCAUACUGCCGCCGAACGACGUGCCGCGCUUCAAGAUCGAGGACCCUGCGCAGCGUGAACCGGCKCUGCGCAGAGCGUGCAACGUCGAGAAACUGGUGYUGCGCGCGAUCCACGGAUGGAUCUUCAAAUCGUCGUCGCRGUCGGCUGGAUUCGCUCGUGCAGAGUCGUACAUCAGURUCGACGUUGCCACGGACGUCGCCGAGCAGUUUGGCAGGGGCAGGAAUGGUCGAACGUCGUGUCCCCUGCACUCGUGUACCACACUCUCGCGCUGAAGAUGGACGUGCCUCUGUGGUUCACAUGGGUGAAGAUAGUGGAUCGGCCCGAGGACG